GGUGCAUAAGAAAUUGUGGAAAUUCUAAAACAUGUCUAUCGAAAUCGAAUCGGCCGACGUAAUCCGUCUAAUUCAACAGUAUUUGAAGGAAUCCAACCUCCACAAAACAUUGCAAACACUGCAGGAAGAGACCGGCGUUUCCCUCAAUACCGUCGACAGUGUGGAAGGUUUUGUAUCCGACAUACACAAUGGCCACUGGGACACAGUGUUGAAGGCAAUUCAGUCGCUAAAGCUUCCUGACAAAAAGUUGAUCGAUCUGUACGAGCAAAUCGUGUUGGAGCUAAUAGAGCUACGCGAACUCGGUGCCGCCCGCUCCCUGCUUCGUCAGACGGAUCCGAUGAUUAUGCUUAAGCAACAGGAGGCCGAACGCUACAUCCAUCUGGAAAACAUGCUCCAGAGAGCAUAUUUUGAUCCCAGGGAAGCAUAUCCGGAGGGCUCAAGCAAGGAAAAGCGUCGCGCAGCAAUUGCAACGGCACUCGCAGGGGAGGUAUCUGUCGUACCAUCGUCAAGGCUGCUUGCAUUGCUGGGGCAGGCACUCAAAUGGCAACAGCAUCAAGGUUUAUUGCCGCCCGGAACGACGAUCGAUUUGUUCCGCGGUAAGGCCGCGAUCCGCGACCAGGAAGACGAAUCGUACCCAACCCAGCUGGCACGUCAGAUCAAGUUCGGUCAAAAGUCCCACGUCGAGUGCGCGCUGUUUUCACCCGACGGACAGUAUCUCGUGACCGGCAGUGUGGACGGUUUCAUCGAAGUGUGGAACUUUACCACAGGAAAAAUACGUAAAGAUUUAAAGUAUCAGGCACAGGACAACUUCAUGCUGAUGGAACAAGCCAUCACGUCGAUGGCAUUCUCGCGUGACUCGGAAAUGUUGUCCACUGGUUCGCAGGAUGGGCAGGUCAAGGUUUGGAAGCUGGUCACCGGCCAAUGCUUGCGCAGGUUCGAAAAGGCGCACUCGAAGGGCGUUACAUGCUUACACUUUUCCCGCGACAACAGCCAAAUAUUGACCUCUUCGUUCGAUCACCUAAUCAGAUUGUACGGAUUAAAGUCGGGCAAAAUGCUCAAGGAGUUCCGGGGACACUCGUCGUUCGUCAAUGAAGCCGCUUUCUCCCCCGACGGACACCACGUGCUGAGUGCGUCUUCGGACGGUACCGUCAAAGUGUGGUCCCUCAAGACAACGGAAUGCAUUUCGACGUUCAAAGCGCUUGGUACCCAUCUGGCCGUUAACUCGGUGCUAAUUUUACCGAAAAAUCCGGAACAUUUUGUCGUAUGCAAUCGAUCGAAUACGGUCGUCAUUAUGAACAUGCAGGGACAGAUCGUGCGAUCUUUUUCUUCCGGUAAGCGCGAGGGCGGUGCGUUCAUCUGUGCCACGAUAUCGCCACGUGGUGAGUUCAUUUACUGCGUGGGUGAAGAUUUGGUGUUGUACUGCUUUUCCGUAACGUCCGGCAAGCUGGAACGUACUCUGAACGUGCACGAGAAAGAUGUCAUCGGACUGACGCAUCAUCCGCACCAGAAUCUUCUGGCUACGUAUGGAUGCGAUGGCCUGUUGAAAAUGUGGAAGCCAUAAACCCAAUCUUAGACGUAUUUUCAGGCUAACAAAAAAGUAAUUUGUAAUCUUAUAAAUCUUAAAUCCAAUAAAAAUACCAAUUCAACGAGUGAACAAACAGAUGGUGAGCCAAGCUUGGCGAUUUAUAUUGCGCAGGAAUCUUUAAAAAUUUCAAAGUACAUAUGUUGACUACCAGAAAAAUAUGUUCCAUAUCUAUUUCAUUUGUCAACGAGUACGAGGCAAACCCUUAGCAUGAAUAAUAAAUGCAAUCAUUUAUGCUGCAAGCCAUUGCGGUAUUGUCUGCACAGAUGAUAAUUAAAUUAAACUAUCAAGCGUGACCCCAACGCCACUAAUUAUGUUUACUGACCUUAUUAUCAAUUCAUUCGCCUCUGCAAGUUUGCUUUUGUAGGAAUUUCAGCACGUCCUGACGACGGGAUAAAAGGUUUCAGCCGUCUGGAACGUCGUAAGACUGCACUGACUAUGUGAAAAAACCCAAUCCCUUCUUUUUAGAUGAAAACAUAUUUAAAUACAUUUUCUCACCUUUUAUGCCGGCCAGUCUGGCUACUUAUUUUGGAUGUCUAUGAAAUUAUGAUAUAUCCAAAA